GUCACAUGAUCGGUAUCAAACAAUAAAUUUGAUUGUUGACUGUAAUCUUGGCAUUCUCGAUAAUUUAGUUUGUCCCUCACACCGGUUAUUUCGACAAUCAACAUGAAGACGUUGAUCUUAUUUCUUGCAGUAAUCAUUGCAGCUGCCAGUGCUUUGGAAAGAAUCAAGCUACACAAAUUCCAAUCAGUGCGGCGAACACUCCAAGAGAAAGGCACCAAUCUAAAAGUUGCCCAAAAAGCUUUGAGGGACAACUAUCUACGAUUCAGGCCACAUUUCAAAGGACCUACCCCUGAGCCUCUCUCAAACUAUCUUGAUGCUCAAUACUAUGGCGUGAUAACUAUUGGAACCCCACCACAGUCUUUCAAGGUUGUCUUUGAUACAGGCUCAUCAAACCUCUGGGUACCAUCCAAGAAAUGUAAACUCACGGACAUCGCGUGCUUACUCCAUAACAAGUAUGACAGCACCAAGUCCAGUACAUACCAGAAGAAUGGCACAGAGUUUGCCAUUCAGUAUGGAAGUGGUAGCCUUAAGGGAUUCCUCAGUACCGAUACUGUUGCUAUUGGCGGCUUAGCUGUAAAACACCAGACCUUUGCUGAAGCUACCCAACAGCCCGGUAUCACAUUCGUUGCUGCCAAAUUCGAUGGUAUUCUUGGAAUGGGUUAUGACACAAUCUCUGUUGAUGGCGUUACAACUGUCUUCAAGAACAUGAUCCUCCAGAAACUGGUGCCACAGCCCGUCUUCUCAUUCUAUCUCAACAGGAAUCCCAAUGCAACUGAAGGUGGCGAGCUGAUCCUUGGAGGAAGCGACCCCAAAUAUUACAGUGGUAACUUCAGCUAUCUUCCUGUUACACGGCAAGGAUACUGGCAGUUCAAGAUGGACGGUAUCAAAGUUGGUGGUGCCGCCAUGUUCUGUUCAGGUGGUUGCCAGGCUAUUGCUGAUACUGGUACCUCCCUCCUUGCUGGACCCACUAAAGAAGUGGCUGCCCUCAAUGCAAAGAUUGGUGCUACUCCUAUUGUAGGCGGAGAGUAUAUGAUCGACUGUGCCAAGAUCCCCACCCUGCCAAAGAUCUCAUUCACUCUGAAUGGACAAGACUUCACACUUGAAGGAAAAGAUUAUGUACUAGCCGUUAACCAAAUGGGCAAAACGAUUUGCUUGAGUGGAUUUCUCGGCAUCGACAUUCCACCGCCAGCUGGCCCCCUCUGGAUCAUGGGAGAUGUUUUCAUUGGGCGUUUUUACACUGAGUUUGACUUGGGUGGAAACAGAGUGGGAUUUGCAAUUGCAAAGUAACUGGAAACGAUGAAAAAGAGUUCCAAUAAUUCAAAUCACUAAUUCGUGUAUCUGUAGUAUGUGUGUCUUUAACUUUACUUUUCUCGAGAAGGAUGAAAAUAUUUUGGGGAAAACUUAAAGAAACUAUGCGAGAACUAUUGCCAAUAGAAGUAUUGCCAAAUUGAAAAAGCAGUGUUAUCAAAACUUUGUUUUGGUAGUGAUGUCAUCAAAAUUAAUCCAUUUUGUCUGCAGUUAAUGAUGCUACUCAGGGUUAAACGGCAAUGUACAAACUAUCAUGUGCACAAACAGGAAAUAUGCGUGCUUUUAUUUCUUCCGAAGUUGUUGUGCUUUGUCAUUCGCACUCUUGUUUCUCUGCUUUCUCUCUUUCCAGCUUAUGUUUAACCCUUUACAUGCUAAUGUUGCGCUUUCCUUUCUCAGUGGGCCAGGUACUGCAUGAAACUAUCCAAAUUUCCACUACCACAUUGCUAAUUUUAUGCUCCCUAUGCACACCCCGUUCACUGGAUCAGGCUACAUGUACAUACUUGGUGCAUGCCAAAUGCUUUAUAGAGUCACAGGCCUUUAAUUGAAAUAUUGAAACAGAGCCAUGGAAAGCUUACUGGCAUUGCUCAACUUUAUGUAUUCAAUAAAAUUACUUGAUGCAAUGACCAGAUGAAAUGUUUCCAAGAACAAAAAAAGAUAUUCUGAAUAUACAAUUGAAUUGAAUGUAAAUUUAGAUAUGUUGGAAUGCUGCAUGAUGCAUGAUAUCCAGUGAAGGGUUGCAUGUA